GUAUUUGAAAUUGAAUUGGCUACUUCACAUCCAUGUCAUAUGUAAAAAAACACAGAGUCAAGUUACUUACCAAGAAUACCAUCUCCAUCUUAAACUUCUCUUGCUCCUUACUGUACGAAGACAAUAAUAAACCUGGACCAACUCAGCUAGUACGGCUUCUCCACCCCAGUCGAUGUCUUGAUGGGCCUACUCUCCAGUCUAUGUGCUUGCCUCGAGAAAAGGCUGAAAUCAGGACGAGGCGGCGGCGGUGCAGAUGACGCGGAUGAUGAGGUUGAAAGUCAUGACUUAUUCUUCGACCUCCGUACGCUUCAAAUCGCUACCAAUUUCUUCUCUGAACUAAAUCAGCUUGGUCAUGGAGGUUUCGGUCCUGUUUUUAAGGGAUUAAUACCUAAUGGUGAAGAAGUUGCAGUAAAGAAGCUUUCAUUAUCUUCAAGACAGGGAUUGAGAGAAUUCUCAAAUGAGGUGAAACUGUUACUUAAAAUUCAGCACAAGAACUUGGUCACCUUGUUGGGUUGUUGUGUUGAAGGACCGGAGAAAAUGCUUGUAUAUGAAUAUCUGCCCAACAAAAGCCUUGAUUAUUUUCUGUUUGAUAAACAGAAAUCUGCAUCUCUUGAUUGGACAACUCGGUUUAAAAUAGUUACAGGGGUGGCAAGAGGUCUUCUCUACCUUCAUGAAGAAGCCCCUGUAAGGAUCAUUCACAGAGAUAUCAAAGCCAGUAAUAUUUUGCUGGAUGAACGUUUGAAUCCAAAGAUAUCAGAUUUUGGCUUGGCAAGGCUCUUUCCUGGUGAAGACACCCAUAUGAAUACAUUUAAGAUUUCUGGUACUCAUGGUUACAUGGCCCCUGAAUAUGCCAUGCAUGGAUAUUUGUCUGUGAAGAGUGAUGUUUUUAGCUAUGGAGUUUUGGUUCUUGAGAUUGUGAGUGGGAGAAAAAAUUACGACAUCCGGCUUGGUGGUGACAAGGCAGACAUCUUAAGCUACACAUGGAUGCUCUAUCAACAAGGAAAGACAUUGGAAUUAGUUGACCCAAGCCUCGCUAAGUGCAAUCGUGAUGAGGCAGCUAUGUGCAUUCAGCUGGGGUUGUUAUGCUGUCAACAAAUUGUUGCAGAAAGGCCUGAUAUGAACUCUGUUCAUCUCAUGCUUUUGAGUGACUCGUUUACUUUGCCUAGACCAGGUAGACCUGGACUUCAAGGCCGUCGAGGGCACUUGACAACUACCAGCACUUCGGCUUUCACUAAUAGUAAUACUAACACAAAUACUAAUGCCAGCAGUACAAACACUGGCAUCAGCAAAGCUUCUGGAGGCAAUAGUUUUGUUGAGGAUUAUUCUAGAAAUUCAAUGUCUGUUUCUUCUAUUGAUGAAGGCAGAUGACCAUUCUUUUGUAGUUUGAGGGGUGAGUAAGUUAGUUGUGUUGUUCAUUUACUUCCUUGGGUGUUGGGCAGCCUCCAGAUGGGAGCUAUAGCAUUCAUUUUAGUGCAUUAUUUGUAGAAUGUAUUUCAUCUAAUUUAUUGUGUAAAUAUUAUGCUAUGCUUUUGUCCAGAAGGAAAUCUAUUGUUGUGCAGUUUACUAA